AUGCUCAAACGCAAGAGAAAGUUAAGCUCAAUUUUCCUCUUAGAAAUCUAUGCUGACUCUUCCCUGACUGUGUUGCCGAAUUUCAAAAUGAACACCAUCUACAAGUUCACUGAUGAAAACAUCGUAGUGGAACGGAUAUUUAACAAUGACCAGGACACAUUGCUCCCCUGCCCACUGCACAUAUCUGGAAUUGGCAGAAUCUGUCGGUACUGGCUGGACGAUCAUAAAGCUGGUGAUAGUAAUGCAUUAGAAUGUGUUCUCAAGGGAUUCAUCAAGGAUACCUCAAGAAAUAUGAGAGUGGUUCGUGUGUGGAAAGAACCUUCAGAGGAAGUGAUGGAUGCAGGUGGGUUUGUCUUCAAGCAAUGGAAGGAGAAAUUUUUCUUUUUAUCGAUGAAGGGAUCAUUGGCCAUCUGUCGUGACCCAGAUGCACUGCCUGAGGCUGAAAUCUCACUCCACAGUAGUUGUAAAGCCAUUGUGAAGGGCAGCCAGAUCAGUGACCUUCCUCGGCUUCCUCUAGGAGCACAGACAGACUGCUGCUUGGCUCUGAUACUUACGGAAGGCAAGCUUCUUCUGUUACUGGCAGCCAACACUGAGGAUUGCAGCCACUGGUUGAAGGUGCUAAGGAAGAUGAAAGAGUCCUUUUCCCCCAACUUGUCCUUGUGCAGGAUCCACAUUGGUAAAGAGCACAGCACAUCUGACCGAGAAAAACAGCAUGUUGCAGUGGAGAUGGCAUGUCAUUGCCGUGAAGCUAAACUAAACAGAAGUAAAGGAAGGCAACCAAGAGGGUGCCUGCGACAUGGUUCCCAGUCCAGCAAGGUUGUCCGAGCUGCCUGCUUGUUAGUGGGUGGAGCAGCCACAGGCCCCAACCUUGGUUACAUGAUGACCUCUUCCUCUGCGCCAGCCUCUGAAAGUGUUCCCUUGGAUUUCAAAGAACUUGGUAUUCAUUCAUCUGACUGCUGCCAGGAUACUGACUGUUCGGCCUAUAGCUCUUUUGAAUGCGAAACUAUGGAUCAGGACUUUGACACCUUUGAUUUUGGUGGGUUUGCUUUCUAGAUGGUUAAGACCUAUUUCAACCCUAUUCAAUGCUGUGUUCUCUUCCCUGAGUUCCAUCCAGGAAAGGUAUUAGAUAUCUAGGACUGCAGCAGGCUAAUUUUGGCAACCCUUGAAGAUUGCCCAAAACCUCCAGGCAUUAAUAUAAAUCUGCAGCAACCCUGGGAGGUAGUCAAAGGAGUAAAUAUCAACAAAAUAGUUUUCAUUUUUUUCCCUUCAAUGUUUUUGUUAAUUGGUUUAGGAAUACUGGAGAUUGGGAGAAUAAGGAUUGUUUGACUGGGUCAUGUGGCCAAGGCUACAGAAAUACACUCCAAUGAAGUUGGCAACCCUCUUGUGAUAUUAUCUGUUAUUCCAUUCUGUUAGUCAUUAUACCCACACAGCUUUUGGACAAAAUCAUACAAAUGAAGCGAGCAAUGGACUGUAGCAUAAGACAGAGAAGCGAAUUGAAAGUUUCCUCAGCAACACCCCAAACAUAAUAUGGAAAGCCAACACAGAAGCCAUUGCUGUUUCUCACUUCAUCAUGUGCACGAAAUAAUUGAUGCACUAACCUACAGAACAACAGUUGCUGUAUUUCACACUAACCCUUCUAUAACCACAUUUAGGGAAUUCUGAGGGAUGAUAGCUGCCAAACUGCUAUGUAAAUGCAAGUAUGUAUUUUGGAACUGCAAAAUUAGGGAUAGCAUUUUGAAAUUGAAUAAAAUGUUGUUCCCCUUAUAUACCAACAAGAAUACAUAUGUGACACUUCUUUAAUUUGGCGAACUUUCCCAAGCUGCUUUGCAUGAGUGUAAUCAGACCAUUUGAACAGCAGACCAAAGAAGAUUAUAGAGUAGACGAAGAAACAUUUGAUUUAGGUGUUAAGUGAAAUAGCUCCACAGGUAUCCUGUCACCCAUUCACCCUUUAUUUAUGCAUGCAAAGUAUGGCCAGCACCAUGGUUCAGUGGUUCGCACUGCUAACUCACAAUGCCAGGGAUCAAGGUUUGAUUCCAGCCUCCUUUGAUGGGCCAAAUGGCUUGUCCCCCACACUGUAGGGAUUCAAUGAUUCUACUUGAUACUGGUCUGGCUUCAUCAGAGCCAGAUUUCACUGAGCAGAACAUCUGACACUCCUGUUUAUAUCUGUCAGCCAGAGCUCCCUGACUGGACUAGGUUAAUAGCCCCAGUCAAGGAACUCAUUUUCAAUGAAGUCCCCCUGGCUGACCUCAUUGUAAUCACUACAGUAGCUUUUAAGCAUCAUCUUAAAGGAAAAGAGAGGUAGAGAGGCAAAGAGAUUUGGUACAGGAAACUCAGUGCUUAAGACGUAGCCAUGGAAAAGGCCUAGCCUUCAAUACUGAUCUUAAGGAAUUGGGAAAUGAUGGACAAUGCUGUGGGCCAGCAUGCACAAACCUGUUGAUGUAAAUUCAUUUAUGUUAGUGGCACUCAGAUUUAGACCUCAUUACGACUUUAGUCUACGCAUGUAUUGACAGGAUGCAGAGAUGGGCCGAGAGGUGGCAGAUGGAGUUCAACCUGGAUAAAUGCGAGGUGAUGCAUUUUGGAAGGUCAAAUUUGAAAGCUGAGUACAGGAUUAAGGAUAGGAUUCUUGGCAGUGUGGAGGAACAGAGGGAUCUUGGUGUGCAGAUACAUAGAUCCCUUAAAAUGGCCACCCAAGUG